UUUCCGGGGCAGCGCGGCCCGGCGUGACCGCGGCGUGGUCCCGCUGGAAUUGCGGGGUGUCCCGGUGCGAUACCGGCGUGUCCCAGCCCGGCGUGAUCCCGGUGCGAUCCCGCUGGAAUCUCGGGCUAUCCCGACCCCGUCCCGCUGCGAUCCCGCUGCGAUCCCGCUGGAAUUCCGGGAUAUCCCGGCCCGGUGUGAUCCCGACCCUGUCCCGCUGCGAUCCCUCUGGAAUCCCGGUGUGAUCCCGCUGUGAUCCCGGGCUCUCCCGGCGCCCCAUCCCGCUGUGAUCCCGGCCCCAUCCCGCUGUCAUCCCGGGCUGUCCCGGCCCCGCCGCCAUGGGGAAGAAGGGGAAGCGCGACAAGAAGGGGAAAGGCGCGGAGAAGACGCUGGCCAAGCUGGAGAAGAAGGUGUCCCGCAGAGCCAAGAAGGAGGAGGAGGAUCUUGAAGCCCUGAUAGCAGAAUUCCAGAGUUUGGAUGCUAAAAAGACCCAAGUAAUUGAGUCAUCCUGCCCACCUCCCUCACCCAGGCUGAACUGCUCCCUCUGUGCUCACCCCGAGAGAGACGAGCUGAUCCUUUUUGGAGGUGAAUAUUUCAAUGGCCAAAAAACCUACCUGUACAAUGACCUGUACAUUUACCACAUCAGGAAGAACAGCUGGGCCAAACUGGACAUCCCCAACCCACCCCCGAGGCGUUGUGCUCACCAGGCAGCUGUGGUGCCCACAGCUGGGGGGCAGCUCUGGAUCUUUGGGGGGGAGUUUGCCUCUCCCAACGGGGAGCAGUUCUACCACUACAAAGAUCUCUGGGUCCUGCAUUUGGCCACCAAGACCUGGGAGCAGAUCAAGGCACCAGGAGGGCCCUCAGGACGAAGUGGACAUCGGAUGGUUGCGUGCAAAAGGCAGCUGAUCGUUUUUGGAGGUUUCCAUGAGAGUGCAAGAGAUUUCAUCUACUACAAUGAUGUGCACACCUUCAACCUGGACUCCUUCACCUGGAGCAAGCUGGCUCCUGCAGGGGUGGGGCCUGCUCCAAGGUCUGGCUGUCAAAUGACUCCCACCCCCGAGGGCAACAUCAUCAUCUAUGGAGGCUACUCCAAACAGAGGAUCAAGAAAGAUGUGGACAAAGGCACCCUGCACACAGAUAUGUUCCUGCUGAAGGCUGAAGGGGCAGGCAAGGAGGAAGACAGGUGGAGCUGGAGUCGGCUCAGCCCCUCGGGGGUGAAACCCCCUCCCAGGUCUGGCUUCUCGGUGGCUGCUGCUCCCAACAACCGCUGCCUCCUGUUUGGGGGGGUGCAGGAUGAGGAGGAGGAGGAGAGCAUCCAGGGGGACUUCUUCAAUGACAUUUACUUCUAUGACAUGGGGAAGAACCGCUGGUUCCCUGCACAGCUCAAGGGCCCCAGGUCAGAGCAGAGGAGGCGCAGGCGUGGCAGACAGGCUGAGGCAGGGGCUGCUGGGGGGCAGGAGCUGCAGCUGCCACCUCCCCAGGGGCCCCUGGAGAUCGUCAAGGAGCUGGUGGCAGAAGAUGGCACCGUCAUGACCAUCAAGCAGCUGAUCCCUGGAGCUGCGGAGGACAAGGACAGGCCUGGCUCGGAGGAGGAGGAGGAGGAGGAGGAGGAAGGUGGAGCCCCGGGCCAGCCCCUGGAGCCGUGCCCACGCUGCAGUGCCAUGGUGGCAGUGAAGCACGGCGUGCUCUACGUCUACGGGGGGAUGUUCGAGGUGGGCGACCGGCAGGUGACCCUCAGUGACCUGCACUGCCUCGACCUGCACAGGAUGGAGCAGUGGAAGGUGCUGCUGGAGAUGGAUCCAAAAACCCAAGAAUGGCUGGAGGAAUCAGAGUCUGAUGAAGAGGAGGAGGAUGAUGAUGUGGAAGGUGCAGAGGGAGGGGAGGAAGAAGAGGAGAGCUCUGAAGAGGAGAGUGAAGAUGAGGAAGGGGAGCAGCAGCACCCAGCAGUGCAGCCAGGGGAGGCCCAGCCCCAGUACGUGGCCAGGACAGAGCAGCACUGGCUCAGGCUGGCCCGCAGCCACAUGGGCCCCCAGGCCAAGGACAAGAAGGUGCUCAAGGUGGCUCAUGCCAUGGCCAGGACUUUCUAUGAAGAUCCCAUCCAGACACCCUGAGGCUGCUGCAGCAGUGAAGGAAGUGCUGGGAGCAGUGGUGAGCCCUGCUGAGCUCAGUGUCCAUGCUGGCCCCCAGCCUUUGCAGUCCCUCCUGGCUGGAUGCUCUGGAUCUGCUCUUACUCCUGGGAAUGCUGUGGGAGGCUCCUGAGGAACAGGAGUGCUGUCCAAGCACUUGUGCUGCUGAGGUUGGGCUGUACAACACUGGCUUUGCUGUUCCAAAGUUGGUUGUCCAGACAGUGGUUCGCUGGUCCCAAAUUCCUGACUGGGGCCAGGAUCUUCCAGGGGUUCCUACAAUAAACUUGGUUAUAUCAUCUUGUUUUGCUC